ACAUCUACAAACGGUGCUGCAUUUAGCUUGGGCAAAUUUCAAGGAAACAAUCGAACAAACAAAAGCAAUUACAUUUAUAACACAUUCUGCACAUUUAAAUGUUGCUAGAAUGGACAGGAAGGUCGGAUUAUUCUUGAUUGUAUUUGUUCUCGGCUUUGUUUUAAUUUUUCUUCACCCUGCCCAUGGAGAUUUGAGCUACACGGUUCCGGAGGAAACGAAGCGUCAGUACGUGAUUGGACAUUUAGCAAAGGAUCUUAGACUUGAUGCUAAACGUUUAUCUACUCGUAAAGCUCGGGUGGAGACGGACGACAGCGCGAAACGCUACUGCGACAUUAAUCUGAGUAGCGGAAAUUUGGUCGUGGCGGAAACAAUAGACCGAGAGAGACUUUGUGGGUCGAGAAUUUCUUGCAUUCUGAAUUACGAGCUUGUGUUGGAAAAUCCUUUUGAAGUGCAUCGCAUUUCAUUGCAGAUAGAGGAUGUAAACGAUAACUCGCCGCUUUUUCCCUACGAUCGGAUCAGUUUUGAAAUUAGAGAGUCGGCUGAUAAGGGCGAGCGUUUCCCUUUAGAAGAAGCUCACGACCUGGACAUAGGACGUAACGCAGUUCAGGGAUAUUCUCUUGAAGCAAAUGAGCAUUUUAUUUUAACAGUGAAUGAGAACGCGGACGGAGGAAAAUCCGCUAUUUUGGUCCUGGAGAAAGAGCUCGAUCUCGAAAAGCAGAAUGAUAUUAAUUUAAUUCUUACCGCAUUUGAUGGCGGAAAUCCACCGAAAUCAGGGACAGCUGUUAUACAUGUUACUGUUCUGGAUGCAAAUGACAAUAUUCCCGUGUUUAGUGAACCUGUGUACAGAGUGAGUCUAGUUGAAAACGCGCCUGUAGGCACGGAGGUGAUUACAGUCACGGCGACUGAUGCUGACGAAGGACCCAACGGUGACGUCACUUAUGAUCUCAGCCGUUUAUCUGAUAGUUCGGCAAAAUUAUUUGCUCUUGACAAAAUAACUGGACAGAUCACAGUGAGUGGGAGCAUCGAUUAUGAAGAUGAAAAAAAUUAUGAAAUUAGAAUACAGGCCAAAGAUGGUCCUGGUCUUGUAUCAUCUGCUAAAAUUAUUAUAGACAUCAUUGAUGUCAAUGACAAUGAACCUCGAAUUAUUCUUAAAUUAUUAAACGAUCCAGUGCCUGAGAACUCUGCAGCAGGCACAGAGGUGGCAAUUAUUAAUGUACAAGACAAAGAUUCAGGAGAUAAUGGACAUGUAAAUUGCUUUAUUCAGAAAAAUGUUCCUUUUAAAUUAAAUCCAUCUAUCAAAAACUAUUAUACGUUAGUAACAACAAGCAUGCUUGAUCGAGAGAAAGAAACAGAAUUCAAUAUAACAAUUACUGCAACUGAUGGAGGUUCUCCACAUUUAUUAUCAACUAUAACCAUUCAUCUUUCUGUAUCAGAUAUCAAUGACAAUCCUCCUGUAUUUGAGCAGCAGUCAUACACUGCAUUUGUAAUGGAAAAUAGUAAAGAAGGAACUUCUGUUACUGCUGUUACUGCAAAAGACCCAGACUGGAGACAGAAUGGUACAGUACUGUAUUCCCUGGUGCCUAGUGAGAUAAAUGGUUUUCCAGUUUCCUCAUUUUUAUCCAUUAACUCAGAUACUGGAGUGAUCCAUUCUGUGAGAUCAUUUGACUAUGAAAAGUUCAGAGACUUUAAAGUUCAGGUUGUAGCCAGAGACAAUGGUUCUCCUCCACUCAGCAGCAAUGUGACUGUGAGUGUGUUCAUAUCAGAUGAGAAUGAUAAUGCUCCACAGAUUUUAUAUCCUGCUCCAGAGGGAAAGUCUUUAAUGACUGAGAUGGUCCCCAAAUCUGCCCUCUCUGGAUCUCUGCUCUCCAAAGUGAUUGCUGUUGAUGCUGACUCUGGACAGAACGCAUGGCUGUCAUAUCAGAUCAUCAAAUCUACUGAUCCAGGACUUUUUACUAUUGGUCUUCAUAGUGGAGAAAUCAGGGCUCAGAGGGACAUUACUGAAUCUGACAGCAUGAAACAGAAUCUUGUUAUCUCAGUGAAAGAUAAUGGACAACCUCCUCUUUCUGCUACCUGUUCUGUGUAUUUACUUAUUUCUGAUAAUCUUGCUGAAGUUCCAGAACUAAAAGACAUGACUUAUGAGGAGAGCAAUUCCAAACUAACUUUUUAUUUAAUUAUUGCGCUGGUUUCUGUCUCCACCUUUUUCCUGACUUUCAUUAUUCUGAUCCUGGCUGUGAGGUUUUGCCACAAGAGAAAACCCAGACUGUUGUUUGAUGGAGCAGUGGCCAUUCCCAGUGCAUAUCUCCCUCCCAACUAUGCAGAAGUGGAGGGAGCUGGAACUCUCCGCAGUUCGUACAAUUAUGACACAUAUCUUACUACAGGCUCACGCACUAGUGACUUCAAGUUCAUCACAUCUUACAAUGACACCACACUUACUGCUGGUGGAACUUUGAAGAAGGUUCAAAAUGAGACUUUAGCUGCAAAUUUAAUUACCCUUAACACAGGAGAAGGAGACGAGGUAAGGACUAAUCUUUAGUUGUUUAUUAUGGUGCUUGUGAGAAUCAUGAUUUGCAUGUGUAAUUCUUAAAAAUAACCUUUUUUUAAUCAUUAGUCGAAAUCUUAUUGAUGUAUUCAGCUAUAGUGUGAUCUGAUAAACACAUUGCAUGUGAAUUGGGAUUGGUAUGUUUAUUAGUAACCUAUGAAUAAUGUCACACAAAUUUCAUAACAUAAACAUGUUUCACCUAAAACAUUUGUGCAUACCUUAUAUUAAGUGUUCAUUCUACCUGUACAAAUAUGCAUAAGCACUCCAUGUACUUUUAAUGUACCUAGUAAAGUGUUUAAUGAUAGAAUUUAUCAUUAGAAUGUAUAACAAAGGUUUUGCUUGUACACAAAGGUAGAUUUAGCAGUAUAUUUAAAAAAAUUGUAAAUGUUUGUCAUCAUGUAAUGGCAAAUUGAAUUAAAACAUGUAUACUGAAUCA